CACCCCCAAGUCAACUGAAACUUCACUCAACUUUACCUUUGUUUUGUUUUGAAAGGCUCAGCUUUACCUUUGGUUAUACAUACCCUAAUCCUCUUCUGCAACAAAGGAAGAAACGAGAUGGCAUACCCUGGGGUGAAGCUGUUCAUGGAGAAACUGAAGCAGAUGAUCUACAGUAACGACAUUCCACAGAUCAGCAACGACCCAUCAGUCUUAUCUAAAAGGCCUCAGCUACAACUGCUUUAUGAAGAGCUUGGAUCCAUGAUCCAAACCCUAUUCGUUGAUACAGAAAACGACCCACACGAGCUUGAAGAAGUAAGAAAUCUGAAGAAAAGAUUCAAAGAUGUAGCAGAAGAGGCACAGGAUUUGGUAGAUCUGUUUGCGUACGAUGUCAAUUUCAAAAGUAAAAUACAACCUCUAAUAUCUCAUGCCUCUGAAACCUCUCUGGAUCUUGAGGAUGUUAUGAGAUCAAUCAAGUCUAUCAAGGAGGAUUUCUUUAGCAUCAUCCAAAAGGUGAGGAUGGAAUCUUCUCCAACAACCAACAGUCUGAAAACUCAAUCUGCCGCUUCUGUUGGAACUUCCUGCUUCAGAAAUUCACCAGUAGGGGAUGGAAUCGUAGUGGGUCUUGGUCGAGAUAUUGAGAUCAUACGAGAUAAGCUUACCGAAGAUACAAGAAAGCUGGAUGUGGUCUCUAUUGUUGGAAUGGGAGGAUCAGGUAAGACUACCCUUGCUACCAAAGUAUUCAGUGAUCCUUUUGUUGUUCACCAUUUCUGGGUACGCGGGUGGGUCACUGUUUCUCAAAAAUAUGAAAGAAAGGAUGUGUUGAAUCGACUAUUGGCUUACAUGGGAGUUGAUAUAGACCCUGAUACAAGGGAUAAUUACCCUCAACUUCGUAAAAAGUUGCACCAGCACCUUAUGGGCCAGAGAUAUUUAGUUGUCAUUGAUGAUAUCUGGAGCACUCAGGCUUGGGACGAUCUAAAAGUUGUGUUCCCCAACCUUGAUAACGGAAGUCGAAUUCUGCUCACCAGUCGCCACAAAACCGUUGCUUUACAUGCAAAACCACAUGGUUUCAUACAUCAGUUAAGAAGUUUGACGGAUGAAGAAAGCCUGGAGUUGCUGCGUAAGAAGGUGUUCCGUGGCGACCAUUUCCCUGAUUGGUCAAGUCUACCUGGAAUGCAAAUUGCAAGAAACUGUCGAGGGUUGCCACUUUCAGUGGUUGUCAUAGCAGGAGUUCUAGCAAAAGAAUCAGCGACCGAAGAGUCAUGGGAAAGAAUUUCUAAAAGUGGCAGUUCAUUAAUCCUGAAGGGGCAAAUGCAAACGUUUGCUUUGAGUUUGAACCAUUUACCUUCUCACUUGAGAGGUUGCUUUAUUUAUCUAGGAUGCUUUCCAGAAGACUAUACAUUUCGAGUAACAAGGUUGAUUUGGUUAUGGAUUGCUGAGGGAUUUAUACAAGAAACCAGAAAUCGAAGCUUGGAGGAAACUGCAAAGGAUUACUUGAUGGAACUGGUUGACAGAAAUCUUAUAGUUGUUCGGUGCAGAAAGAUUAACGGUGCCAUCAAAACUAUUUCUGUCCAUGAUGUUUUGAGGGAGCUCUACUUGGAAGUAGCCAGAAAAGAAAAUUCCUGCCUAAAAGUACAAGGAGUGGAUCAUUCAGCCAUUGCACCAUAUAAGACACGCCGCAUAUUCACAGAUUGCUACAUUGACACCACCAACGCCACAAGGAUUCAAUCACUUUUGAACUUUUAUAGCUACCGGAAUGCAAGUUAUGUCAUUAGUGAGAGUUCCCAUUCCUGGAAGCUUUUAAAGGUGCUGGACCUAAAACAAUGUCCCAUGGUACCUUUUCCAGAGGAGAUAUCAUUAUUAGUUAACUUAAGGUACCUUGCGGUUCGGUAUGAUAAUGAUGACUUCUUCCAAUCUAGAAUAUGCGAUCUUUGGAGCCUUGAAACCCUCAUCAUUGAGGGGACUUCAUAUAAUCCUUUGGAGCUCCCAAAUACCAUAUCAGACUUGGUGAAUCUACGGAUUUUGCUGUGUCGCAGGACAAUUGUUUUUCCUCCUCUUCAGAGACCGAUGAUGAAUUUGCAAACCAUUUCCAAUGUGGCGCUGACUAAGAAUUGGGAAAAGUAUUUUCCAAAUGUCAAGAAGCUUUCGUGUUACAUUUUCCUAGAUACUAAAUAUGACUUCGAAUCACUCACCUUCCUUGAGACAUUGAAGAUAAGUUCUGUGAGAUUACAAUCCUGCAGCGUGUUUCCUACUUCGUUGAAAAAGCUUACAUUACAAGGAUGUCAUGCUCCAUGGAGUGACAUCUCCUCAAUUCAAUCUUUACCUAAUCUCGAGGUUCUAAAGUUACUAAAAAAUUCUUUUGUGGGGCCCAUGUGGGACGCUGGCGAGGAACCAUUUCAGCAGCUAAAAUUCUUGAAAUUAGUGGGGUUGGAUAUCACAAAGUGGGAAGCCUCUGACAUCAACUUCCCAUGUCUCAAGAAGUUAUUCUUGGAGAAUUGCCAUCUCCUUGAAGGGAUUCCACUUGAAAUGAAGUACGUCCCAACACUAGAGCAUAUCCAGAUUAAAAGUUGUAACCGCUGGGUUAUCGAAUCUGCUAACGAAAUACGAAAAAAGCAGCAUGCUGAUGGAAACUUCCUAAUGAUCAGUGCUGAUAGUAGAUCAAUAGCAAGAUAUGUGUCCGGUGGAUUUAAAGAUCGACUUACGGGUGACGAUUACUCAAUUUAUAAACCGUCGGGACUUCUAACAGAUACACUUACAAGAUUGUUGCAACGUAUAACAGAUGCACCUACAGGUGGAUCCGUGCUCCACCUCGUGCUCCACCUCGACCUACGCUUUUUUUCUUUUGACAGCAAGGAACGACGUGUCAACCACCGUGCCACCGGGCGCUGUGGCCAAGGUCGACUACUGGACCGCCCCCAGAUGCGCGGAAACCCGACCUUCACCCGCCCGAAAGCACGACAGUGGAAUAAUCGGUAAAACCUCUCCUCCCAUCCAAGUCGAACCAGCGCCACCUGGAUUCACUCUUCACCUGGAUGCCGUAGAAAAUAAUGAGAGGGUGGGAAUCGAACCUGGGUCACAAGAAACACCAAUUCUUUCUCCAACCCAUUUUGAAUUAAUAAGAAUAAUGUGUGUUUCUAUUUUGAAAUGAAAAAUAAGUAACAAGUUUGAUAUUAAAGUUAAACAGGAUGAUGUUUUAGUUGAAUUUAUGAUUUAUCAUAGUUAUUAUUAUUAUUUGAUUUA